AUGGAAGUCUCUAACUCCUCUCGAUACGGGACAGGGGACAGUGAUGUGUGUCUGACAGGCAUUCGCUGCACCGGGGACGAGUCCCAUCUGAUAAACUGCAGCCUUCCACAGCAAGUCAGCUGCAAUACCAGUAACAGUGCGGCUGUGCUGUGCUCCAAUCACACGGCCCUCAGACUGGUUGAGGGAGGAGGUGCCUGCGCUGGGAGGGUGGAGGUUUAUCACAACGGCUCCUGGGGGACGGUCUGCGAUGACUCCUGGGACCUGGCAGAUGCUGAGGUGGUGUGUAAGCAGCUCCAGUGUGGGACGGCACUCAACACCUCAGUGUCAGCCUCCUUCGGCCAGGGGACCGGACCCAUCUGGCUGGACGAGCUGCGCUGUCAGGGGAACGAAUCGACUCUGUGGGGGUGUGCCUCAGGAGGGUGGGGGCAACACAACUGCAGACACAAGGAGGACGCGGGAGUCGUGUGUUCAGAGUUCAAGAAGCUGAGACUGUCUCGGGGCUGUUCUGGACUGGCAGAGGUUUUCUACAAUGGCACCUGGGGCAGCGUCUGCUAUAACGGCAUGAAUAAAAACACAGUUAAGAUGAUAUGCCGUGAGGUCGACUGUGGAGAGAGUUCUGAAAUAUCAAUGCCACUUCCAGCAUCUAGCACUGCGCGCAAGUGGCUUGAUAAUGUUGAAUGCAGAGGGCAUGACUCUACACUGUGGCAGUGUCCAUCUUCACCCUGGGGUCAAAACAACUGCUGGGACAAUGAGGUGGCUGAGAUUGACUGCAAAGCAGUGGAAAAGAAGCCAACUGUCUCCAGCAUACCCAAGACCUUCUCUGAAGACCUCACUCAGGAGCACUACUCAGAGCCAGCAGAGCUGAGGCUAGCUGGAAGCUCAAGUCCCUGCUCCGGACGGGUGGAGGUACGGUUCGAGGGGUCCUGGGGGACAGUCUGCGAUGACUCCUGGGACCUGAAGGACGCCCAGGUGGUCUGCAGACAAGUAGGCUGUGGGGCAGCAGAGAGCACAGGGGGGGGUCAGGCUACGUUUGGACAAGGGAACGGCACCAUCUGGCUGGAUGAGGUGAACUGCAGGGGCAGCGAGAUGCACCUGUGGGACUGCCGGCACUCUCCACUGGGACACAAUGACUGCGACCACAAAGAGGAUGCAUGGGUUACCUGUGCAGAAGCCUCUCCAUCCAGGCUGCAGCCACAGAGAGACAUGACCAUCCCAUUGAUAGCCUGCAUCGUGCUGGGAGCUCUGCUGUUUGUGGUGUUGGUCCUGUUAGCCAGGCAGCUGCAGCACAACAGGAUGCUGAGGAGAGGGCAUAGGGAGCUUGACCCCUUCCAUGAAGCUGUUUACGAGGAGAUUGAGUACAAACUGGCCAGACAGGGAACCUAUGGUGCACCCAGGAGAGGGAGUUUCCUUUCUGAUGAGCUGCCCUCUGACUACGAUGAUGUGGAGGACAGUGAGGGGAACCCCAUCCCAGGUGAAUCGAUGCCCUCUCUGGAAGGAGAGACCCCAGGGUACUAUGACGAUGCCGUCCCUAUGAACAGUAACCCAGAAGAUUUAUCAGGGAGUUUCCUUUCUGACGAACUUCCCUCUGGCUGCUAUGAUGUGGAGGACAGUGAGGGGAACCCCAUCCAAGGUUUUCCCCUCACUCCCCCUGGAGAGGAGAGUGCCCGGGCCGCACUGCCCCCUGAAGAAGGACCCGCUGCACCUGACAGGACUGACUACGAUGAUGUUGGGGAGGAGUCUCCAGGAGAGGGUGGGGCGCUGUGA